UCACUCACUGUAUUGUGUGGUGACUUGUUCGAGCAGCUGGAAGGCCUUCUUGACCUGACGUGCGCGGCCCAACACCUUCACCAGCCCCUGCAGACACACCACAUAAACCAGAUGCCCACCUCCAUCCACCCACCUGUCUGUCUGUCUGCCUGUUUGUGUAGUCCUCACCGUGAGUGUGCGAUUAGUGGGCGGCACGUUAGCCCGUUUCAUGUCUUCGAGCACGGCCAGCGCCUGGUCGGCGAGCCGGGUAGUGGGCUGCGACGCGCCACGACGGUGAGGACCCCCGCCGACACCACCAUUGUUCUCACACCACACGUCCUUGCCGCCCGCAGGAGGGCUCCCACAACCUGGUCACCAUCACACGCACACACACACUUAUCUCCCAGAGUGCGGUGCUGUGCUGUUUGUUGUGUGUGUGUAUGUGUGUGUGUGUGUGAGUUUGUGUUGACAUUCGAUGACGGCGUUGUAGGUGUGUUCGUCGAACAUGGCGCCGGUGCCCUGCGUCUUGAGGUGGGUGUAGUACCUGAGGGCCGAGUCGGUGUCGCCGCUGCUGCAGUAGGCCUUGAGGGCCGUCAGCUGCGCUGAGGCAUCCGGGCACAUACCUCGCUGACGCAUCCCCUGCACCCAUCGACACGUGAUAGCAUAUGGAAGGAUCGACGUGAUCCAUGUGUGUGUGGGUGUGGGUGUGAGUGUGAGACUGAGUGACAGACACACCGAGAGCAGGUACUCGACAUGGUCGGCCCUCUUGCACUUGGCGCAGGCCUCCAGCAGCUCGCUGUACACCGCCGCGUCCAUCGCCACACCACGCUCUUCCAUCGUCUGAACGCACAACAUCCCAACGCCCAACGCCGGAGCACACGAGUGUGAGUCCAUCAAUUCUCCCGCCGACCGCCCCGCCCGAUGAGCCCACCCACCCCACCUUGUAUAACUGCAGGGCGUCGUCGAUUUUGUGUGCCUGCGCCAGGCCCUUGAGGACGGUGCAGUACAGCAGCGGGUUGCCGCUGACGUUCUCCUGGCCGUAGGAUGAUGGGCCGCUAAUGCCACUCACGCCCAUCCGCAUGCCGCCCGCCAGGCCUUUUGUGUGGAUGAUGGUGGGAUGGUGGGUGGGGGGCGAGAAGGCGUAGCUGUCGAGCGUGGUGGAUGUGGCCGUGGAGACGGAUGUAGGGGACGUGUCGGUGUGGGGGGGCAACACGGGUGGUGCAGGCUGCUGCUGAUGGUGCUGCUGCUGCUGCUGCUUGUGCAAGUCCCUGGCCGUGGGCGUGGGCGUGGUGGCGGCCUCGAGCUCCUCCAGCACCUGGAAAGCCGUGUCCACAUCCUGACAUCCCCCCCCCCCACACACACACACAUCCAUCCAUCCAUCUCCUUGUCUGCCUAUCCUAGUGCAUCGUACCUUAUUCGCAACAAGCGCCUCUACGAAGCACCCCGUAGUCGCUUUGUCAACGGGCACGUUGAGCGCCUUGAGCUCGCGCCACAGCUCCCACACCCUGCCCAUGGCCCCCAGCCGCCCGUAACCCCGGAUGAGCGCCCCAUAGAUGGAGGGCGAUAAGCCGCCCGACCCCGCCAGGAUGCCGUCAUGGCUGGUGGUGGCUUGGUCGCCUGUGUCCUGGACGGACUUGCGGCGCAGCUGACGCUCGCACACCGGCAGCUGAGAUGUGCAGAGAGAGAGAGGCAGGUAUGUCGGUGUGGGUGAGUGAGACACAUACAUACACACACCAUGUUUGGCAGAAGGUCUGUGAGGCUCAUGCGGAUGCAAGUGUCGACCAUCGACGUGAGCAGCACCUGACAAGCAACGAAACGCAUCCAGCGCUCACACACACACACACACACAACGUCCUCUCUACAAGUGGACUUGCCUCGUCCAUUUCUGUGUCAGGGAGGUGGCGCACAACGUCGAGACGACGCUUCACGACCUGCACACACACACACACACAAGGGGCAUGGCACAUUGGUGGGGUGUACAGGGGGUCUGCUGGUGUGUUGUUCGUUCGUUGGCUCGUUACGCACAUCGGGGUGUGUGUCAGGCAAGAGGGAGUCGAGCAGGGCGCAGCACGUGUGCGCGUUGGGGGCCACCUGGUCCUCCGCCAUCAUGGACAGCGCCUCGUCUACCCACUCGCUGCACAUCCAUCCAUCCAUCCAUCGAUCGCUUUGUGGUCGGAUGCGUCGACACAUCCCUCCCUCCCUCCCUCCGUCCCUGUUUGUCUGUCUGUCUGUCUCACUCUAUGUUGGGUGUGUUUUUGUGGGUGGCGGCGCCCAGGAGUGUGUUGUACGUGACGCGGUUGGGCCGCACGUCGUAGUUGCGCAUCAGUUUGACCACUUCACGCGCCUCCACACACAUGCCGCUGCUAACAAAACCCUACACACACACACACACACAGAGAGAGAGAGAGAGAGAGAGAAACCAUCCCUGCAGACGUGUGUGUGGGUGUGGGUGGGGUGGCGCGGGGUGAGGUGGGUUUGGUGACCAACCAACCUUGACAAUGGUGUUGAACGAGGCCACGUCCAAGAAUCGGCGGUCCAACAUCUCGCCUACCAAAGACACCACCCUAUAUGACACACACAAGACACACACACACACACACACAUACAGACGGGACUGACUUUGCCCGGCGAACGGUUCGCUCACUGGUUGAAGUCUCCGCUGUCGACGCAGGUGUUGAGAGCAACGUUGUACAUGAGCGCGUUCGGCACCACAUGAGGGCACUCCACCAGCCGCCGGAACACCUCCAUUGCGCGGGGGAGCUUGCCGGCCGCCCCAUAGGCUCUGAUGAGGGUGAGGUGCAGCGUCACGUGGACGUUGCCCUCGUCCUCGCCACACCUGACGAGCAGGACCCACACACAGGCAUACCAUACACACACAGGGAGAGAGGGAGAGAGAGAUAAUGGGUGUGCGUGUCUGCCAUUGGAUGGAUGGACGCACUAACCCGUUUAGUAUGUUGGCUGCGAUGUCGACUUGGUGUGCGCGAAUGGCUGCGUCGAAGACGGGGCGGAGGUACAGCUGCGGCAGCGUCAGGCCGUCGGUCCGCAUCUGGUGCAGCAGACCCUCUAAGGACGACCACAUGCCGCCGCCUACCAUCAUCUACAACACACCACACCCACAUAAGGCAAUCUAUCUGGAUGGGUCGAUGGGUCUUUCAUCUUGGGUCUUGUUGUUUCUCACCUUGGCAAUGGUCCCAUACGCCCUGGAGAGGGCCUCGCGCACCGCUUGUGGCAUCUGCUGCUGCGGCUGCAGCCCCCCCCACCCCACCCUCUCUAUGUGUGUCUCCCUGCGAUACCUGUCCAGUACCUCGGUCGCCCAGCCCACGUCUGAGGCCCCCUCGCACCCCGCCAGCAGCCGAUUCACUAGCUGCUCCGUCAGCAAGCGACCCUCCUGGUGCUGCUGUUGGUGGUGGUGAUGGCGAUGGCGGCUGUCGAUGGUCCUGGCCAGAUACUCCCAGACCUUGCGCAUGGCGGCGGGGCCGUCACCUAACACGCGGCUGAGCACCAUGAACAGCUGUGGCCGGAGGUCCUGCGGCCGUUCGUGCACCAGACGGGCCGCGAAGGCCUCGAUCUUGGUCAGCAAGGGCACCGGCCGUGUGUGGGGGUGAUGAGGGUGUGGCAUAAUGGUGGCAUUGUUGUUGCUGGUAUCGCCAUCGGCGCGAUCGUGCUGCUGCUGGUGGUGCUGGUGCUGGUGCUGGUGCUGGUAGUGGCCAUCACCGGUCGUCGGGGUCAUGGGCCUGCUGCCUGUGUUCGGGGUGGGUGAGAGGCUGUUGUUGGGUGCGGGUGGUGUGGGUGCGGCGGUUGUGGGUGGGGUCGAUGUGGGCGGUGUGGGGAUGGGCGAUGGUGAGGCCUUUGGUGAAGGGGAGAGGGAGAAGGGCUGCGUCGUGUGCAGGUGCUGCGGGAAGGUCACCAGGUGGCGAAGAACCACGUCGAGCCCGUCAACAGGCAACUGCACAUGCACUCCAAACACACACUUUCUGACCUUCCCCUCCCCCUCCCUCCCUCCCUCCCUCCGUCCCUCCUCUCUGUCUUAUCUCUGUACCUUGAGUGGCCAGUGCAUCAGUUCCAGUGCCUUGACGGCAAUGUCCAGCCGGCUGGCCCGACACGCCGCAUGGCACAGCUCCCCCACGUCCGCACCCAACACCACCGUCUUGCCAUCGGCAGUGCUCAUUGUCAUGCCACCGUGAUCGUCCCCCUCCGUCUGCGUGUCGUUGCCAUGGUGUCGGGAGACGGUCCAGGCCAGAAGGGUGAGGGCGGUCUCGAGCUGGUCCGAUUGGAUGGCCAGCCGAUACAGCACCGUCAGCAGGGGCGUGUUGAGACAAGCCGGGGGCGUGCUGAUGAUCCUCUCGGUGGUGCCGGUGGUCGUGAUGGCCUCGCUCGUCGCCGUCAUGACAGCGCGCAGCAGGCAGUCUUCGCGGAAUGGCCUUGAGCAGAAGUUCUGGGUGAAUGGGUGUUGGGAGAAGGAGACGGUGAGGGCGAUCUCGCCGCUUUUGGACAGAUCCAGCAGCAGGUAACGCAGCACCGCGCGGCACCACUGACGCACCGCCGUCGUGCCCGCCGCGGUCGGCGGGACGUAUGUGUGUGUGCCCGUCCCCGUGCUCGUGCUCGUGGCCGUGUUGGUGGCGAAGUUGAGGAAUGAGGCCAUCUCGUCGGCAACGCGCGUGGCGUCGUUGUAGUGGCGCGCGAGUGUGAGGGCUAUGCGUGCCAGGGGGACGGCCUUGAGGGCAGGGGGGUCGACAACGCCGUCGCACAGACCGAUGCCCGACGGGCAUGGCGAGUACGGGGCGUCCUUGCCGUGUGUGGCGGCCGCCACGGCCGCGGGGUAGAUGUGCUGCCACAUUUCGCACACCUCGGCGUCGGUGUGACCGGGCUCGACGAGCUGCAGCAGCAGCCGGCAGGUGGACGGAUGGGGUUGGGGAUGGGGAGGGGGAGGGGGAGGGGGAGGGGGGUGGCUCUCCUGCUGCUGUGGCGGUGUGAUGCUGGUGUUGGUGUUGAUGGUGCUGGUGCUGGUAGUGGCGUUGGGCAGCUGACGGGAUGGCCGUGUAUUGUUGUUUGUCUUGCUGUUGGUCUUGUUGGCCACAGUGUUUGUGUUUCGCCAACCCAUCUGCCGCCCCCGUCUGCGGCGGCAGCCCGUGAGGACGUUGGGGAUGAGGAAGAAGGCGAGUGCCAGGAGGAGCAUGAUCACACACUCCUCGGCGAUAGUGACGAGCGUGUUGGCGCCAAGCUGCAUGUAGCUGGACACCGGGUGGCCGCCGUGGAACAGCACCAU